AUGCUGGACCAAGAUUUUCAAAAUGCUACCAAAUAUGUAGCUGAAACCAAGAGUAUGAAAGUCACAAACGAUCAAAAACUCUCCUUCUACAAGUACUACAAGCAGGCCACGGUAGGCGAUUGCAACACGGAGCGCCCAGGAUUCUACAAGUUGGAGGAAAAGGCAAAGUGGGAUAGCUGGAACUCAGUAAAGGGCAUGAGUUCUGAUGCUGCAAAGGAAGCCUAUGUAAACUUGCUAACUAGCAUUCAACCCAGUUGGAGAGGAUAA